CGCGUCACGUCUGAGUUCAAGGACUUCGGCUUCAGUUAGAUCUCAAAACCUGCAGCUUUGAUCUCAACACCAACAAUGAGUAUCAUGUUGAAGUCGUGGACCGCCGUCUUCGCCCUGUUCCUGUGCGUCCUCCUGUAUCUCGGCACCGUCGUGGACGCCUAUCCGCCCAAACCGGAGAACCCCGGGGAGGACGCGGCGCCCGAGGAGCUGGCCAAAUACUACACGGCUCUCAGACAUUACAUCAACCUCAUCACCCGGCAGAGGUAUGGAAAGAGGUCAGCUCAGGAGGGAAGUCUUCUGGCAGACCUGCUGUUUGGAGAUAGCAACGAGCACAACCAGCGAUCAAGGUACGACGAGUCCUACAUGUGGUGAUGCUCACUGCUGCCCCCUGUUGGUCUCUUGUGCCUCCCACUCCAGCCCCUGCACCCUGCCACCCUGCCACUGUCCGGCCAUCUCUCUUCGUCCUCCACGUUCCUCUCCAUCAGCACAUCACACUGUACAUAAUUUGUUACUAGACAGAGAAACCGUGUCUCUGGAAACAUCACUGUGUCUUAUGGAGGAAUUGAUGUUCCUGUUUGUACAUAUUAACGACUGUGAUUAAAGGUUUACAUGAUGAUCAUGUGUGACGUCUGAACUGUUUGUCUUUGUAAUUACUUACGUUUUACAGGAAAAAAAAAGAUCUUUAAUG